ACAGCCCUGAGUGAGAACAUUUCAACAGGAGUCAACUUUGGGCGAACGUAGCUAGCAGCUCCUCCGCCUACUUCCAGCACCGUGGCCGGCUACUGUAAGACCGUUUGGGCUCUUUUGGACUUUUAGCCUCGUACUAUGGAGCUCGUCCGGGUAUUUCUGUGCGUCCUGUCCGUGUUUGUUUCGCUCUUAUCGGACAGGUUAGUGGUGCUGGCUGCCUUCUCCCAAUCUCUGGACAGCGACUUCACUUUUACUCUACCCCCCGGUCGAAAGGAGUGUUUCUACCAGACCAUGAAGAAAGAUGCCUCCCUGGAGAUUGAAUAUCAGGUAUUAGAUGGUGCAGGUCUCGAUGUAGAUUUCUAUAUCUCCUCUCCUUCUGGCCAACUGUUGUUCAGCGACUACCGCAAGUCAGACGGCGUUCACACCAUAGAAACCGAGGAUGGAGACUACAUGUUCUGCUUUGACAACACAUUCAGCUCUGUUUCGGAAAAGCUCAUCUUCUUUGAGUUGAUCCUGGACAACAUGGACACAGAAGACCCAGAUGACUGGAAGGAGUACGUGCACGGGUCAGAUAUGCUGGAUAUGAAGAUGGAAGACAUUAUGGACACCAUCAACAAUGUAAAGGCUCGGCUGGGGAAAAGUGUGCAGAUCCAGACACUGCUGCGAGCGUUUGAGGCUCGCGACCGUAACCUCCAGGAGAGCAACUUCGAGAGGGUGAACUUUUGGUCGGUGAUCAAUCUCAUUGUGAUGGUGUUGGUGUCCGCGGUUCAGGUCUACCUUGUCCGCUCGCUGUUCGAAGAUAAAAGGAAAAUUCGCACAUAACACCGCCUGAAAUGGAGGCAGAAACGGAGAAAAACUAACACACUUGCCCACAAAAAUCUUUGGGAUUUUUUUCAGCUGAUCUCCUGACUUGUGACUCUCAUAAUACAAGAUUUCAAUGUACACACACUUAUGCACAGACACCAACUACAGACACCGAUUAAGAAUUCAUUCACCACACUUUGGUCGUCAGUCCACUGGAGUUUGAAAGACAGCAGGAAUCCAAGAACGUAUAACUGUCAGCCCCUCUACAGGCAACCUCUGUCUCUUUGCUACAGGAAAAAAAGGUCUCCAAGUCUCUCUUUACAACUUGUUUCUUGUUUUAUUGUCCUCCCUGGCUGCUGUAGUUCUUUACUGACAGUGAUGUUACAAGCGCAUUUAUGAUGGGACUAUUUUUCUAACAGAGUUACCAUGGAACUGGCCAAUUGCAAAGAUGUCCGUUUUUGUUUGGAUGUGUUUUUUUCUGAGUGUUAAACUGAACUAGAUGAAGAAAUUAAGAAUUUAUUUCUGCUUAAAAGGAGUGUGAGGUGCAACCAGUCUGUCCGCAUGUCUUCCCCAUAUGUUAAGUACUUUUAAAAGCAUACCUUUUGUAUGGAUCGGAGUUGCCUUAGUGAUAUGGAUUUAGCUGCUAGCUUUUUGCCAAUCUGUGAGGCCUUUGAAUAACUCUCCCAUUGCCUCAAACACUUGCGUCGUUGCCGUUCUGUCUCACUUUCACUUCCAUGCAAGUACUGAAAAGUCAGGUGUUUAGUCAGAGCCAUGCUGCUGCUCUCUGACACCAGUGGGACCGUGGGGUAGAAGAAAAGGAAACAGGCCGUCUCCAAGUCUCUUAGUGACUGCUGCCCUACUCUCCUCUGCCAUGAUUUGUGGACCUGUUGCCUAAAUGGCUGCUAGCUCCGCUACCCUCCACUGUGAAGACUGAUGACUGCUGGUGGGUGUCUGCUUACAGCCACCAGCCGCCUGCUGUAUGAAGAUGUUGAGCCUGCCAGUCUCUCUAGUGACAGAAGUCUAUUUCUAUCUUACUGACAUCUGGAAGGUCAUUACCACUACGACACUGCACUGCUCAGUUAAUAUGCACAAGCCAUCCACUGCCUUGACUACGUCAGCAUUCUUUUAAAAGCUAGUAUCUGUGUAUUAGCAUUUUUUUAGCCAACAUAGCAAACUGACAUCUUAUCAUUGCACUGCCUCUGAUGCCACAGAACAACAUUUUUUUUGUUUUGUCUAUGUAUUCUUAGUACAUAAUUUAACAUUUUGGGCUCUGUUGUUUUAGUGGGGUCCAGCAGAAAUGGGUCCACAACUUGUCCUGACAUGUGGGAGAAAGAGCACUGAUGAAGAGAUUUUUAAAAACUCCUAAGGAGGAGGAGACUGAAGAGCUCACCAAACUCUGUAAUGAACUCCUACCAAAAGUCCAGAAGGGCUGAGCUCAUUUGUAAAUACUGUAGGUUUUUAAUGACCUCUGCUCUUCUUUAUUGUUGGCAUCCAGAUCAUUUUCUUGUGUCGUGCAAACCAGAGUGUGUUCAUGAAAAACACACAAAACCCAAAGGGGAAACUCUGCUGAUCAAACUGCAUUAAUGCUCUUAACACUUCAGGGCUGGGUUCGGCAGUUAACAAACUCUCAUCAGUUGCUUUUCUAUUAAGGUGCCAACACGGCCUGUGGUUAUGGUUUCAGUGAGUUUUUAUUAAUUUUUUUAUUGGUGUUUACUCAGCUCCUUUCUUGAGACCUGGCCAGGAGCUCCAUCUUCUAAAUUUUGCCCUGUGCCGUAAGAUAAAGACAAUACAGUGAGUUCACGCCUUCGUAGUUUACACCGCCUUACGUUGGAUGUGCGUUAAACCAAACUCUGAGUAGUGUGAUUGUUUUCAAUGUCUUCCCAUACUGUAUGUGCAUUUGUUCUGUGGAUGCCUGCAAUAAUAUACGAUGGAUGGUUGUGAGAAGCGAUCACCUCCUGCCUCAGUUCCAGUGCUUAUUCCUUCCUUGUUUCUCUGUCCAACUGAUGUUACUGUGUUUCUAGUCUUGAAAUAUAUGUUGAGAUUGUGUCUUAUGGAAAGUCUUACGGAUUAGUAAUAAAUUCAUUUUCUGAUUUAUUUGAAAGCGCUUUCAAAAUUCUACAAAAAUUAGACAUUUUUUAAAGAGUAUUUCUACGUUACUGAAAAGGAGAUCAUAUGAAACAGCCACGCUGGUUUUGUAAAAAAGUUUUUACAACCAUAAAUGAUCAGUGGAAAAAGAAGGAAUGUGACAUAUUUAUUCAGCUAAUGUCCUGUAGAUGUAUAUGUGUAUAAAUUAAACAAUCAUGUUUUUCUGA